UAGUUAGUCAAAAAAUUAUAUGAACUGGUUGUUUCUUUUUUUGAGAUUUUUCGUGAAUAUCUCGAAUUAUUUGCAGUUUAAUUUACACGCAAUGAUCUUGAUAUGUUGACUCUAAUGAGGAUACGCGGGGGUUGGAAAGGUUCAAGUGUUUACGCGUUAGUUUACUCGUAUUCAGAUUCGGGUGGAGGUAGUAACUAGUAGUUAUUAUUGAUAGCUUAAUUUCUGGUUAGUUUGAUAUUUUUGUUCUUUUCGGGUACAUUGAUGAGUAAAAAAUUUCCGAAGAAAAGACCGGUGAGGUCAGAAUUGACAAUUACUCCAAACUCGACUGGAAUCGCACUUUAAACUGCGCGGUUGUUAAUGAAUGAUGGCAAAUGUAGGCAAUAAAUAAUUAUCUACCAGUAAUAAUCUAGCAGAUGAACUUGAUGAUUGUUAACUUUUACCGAUACCUAUUUUUUGAUCAAUAAUAAAUCAGUUUUAUCAUCCAUCAAAAAGUUUUUUUCAUAAACUUUCCUUUAUUGGUGCUGUCAACUAAAUUCGAAUCAACUCUAGAAAAUAAUUCAUUGAUUGAUCUGCGGUUUGCAAUACAGUCUCAUAUGAAUCUUCAAGAAAAUAUGUUGAUAAGUAAAUAAACAAGAUGGAAACGAAGAUACAAUUGUAACUCUUGCAUGAGUGACGAUCAUCCGUUUCAUCUCUAACAUAUUUAACAUUAAUUGUUAAGUGACUUUCUCUUCGACUUUUUAUAAGUGUUUGGCAUGAUGUCUCGAUUUAAUGAAAAAGGUUUUGAGUUUUGUAUUGAUCGAGGUGGUACAUUCACCGAUGUUUACGCCAAAUGCCCAGAUGGCUCCACAGUUAUUUCCAAAUUAUUGUCCUGUGAUCCUGACAAUUAUGAUGAUGCUCCAAGAGAAGGUAUUUAUCGGAUAAUUAAUUCAUAUUAUAAUAAGUCAUUUGAUAUUAAUGAAAACCCCAGGAAGAAAAAAUUAAUCGAUGGAUCUGUCAUUAAAAGCAUACGAAUGGGUACCACAGUUGCUACAAAUGCUUUGCUUGAACGUAAAGGAGAGCCUAUGGCACUUUUGGUAACCAAAGGUUUUCGUGAUAUUCUUUAUAUUGGUAAUCAGUCUCGUCCUUCCAUCUUCGAUCUGUCCGUAAACAUACCUGAUGCCUUAUAUUCUGCCGUUAUUGAGGUUGAUGAGCGUUUGUUAUUAGCCUCUGAAAAGUGUUGUAUUAAAGAUUGGUCUAACUUGCCAUCAGCAAUCGGUGUUACCGGAGAAACUGUAAUCAUUGAAAAGACUGUUGAUGUUGCUGAUCUAAGGAAUCAACUAAUUCAGUUGAAGUCCCUCGGAAUAAAUAGUUUGGCAGUUGCACUUCUCCACUCUUAUAUUUAUCCCGAUCAUGAAAUAGUGGUUGAGAAGGUUGCUCGAGAACUAGGUUUUGAUUAUGUCACAUUAUCUUCUAAAGUUAUGCCGAUGGUUAAAAUUGUUGAUCGUGGCUUUACUUCAUGUGCAGAUGCUUAUUUAACACCUGCAAUCCAUCGAUAUAUUAGUGACUUUGCCUCUGGAUUUAUUAACGGAUUAGAGUCUCUUCCCGUUUUAUUCAUUCAAUCGGAUGGUGGACUGACUCCUGUUAAUCAGUUUACAGGUUUUAAAGCCAUUUUAUCUGGACCUGCUGGAGGAGUAGUUGGCUAUUCACGUACAACUAUCUCAGAUUUAGGACCAAAUCAGGCUGUAAUUGGUUUUGACAUGGGCGGCACAUCAACCGAUGUGUCUCGAUAUCACAAUACGUUAGAGCAUACUUAUGAAAAUGUUACUGCCGGAGUUGUCAUCAAAGCUCCUCAAUUAGAUAUCAAUACUGUUGCUGCUGGUGGAGGAUCUCGUCUAUUUUAUCGUUCUGGUCUUUUUGUUGUCGGCCCAGAAUCAGCUGGGGCUUUUCCAGGACCUGUUUGUUAUCGAUUUGGUGGUCAUUUAACUGUGACGGAUGCGAAUGUUGUUUUGAAUAGAGUUUUGUCUGAUUAUUUUCCAAAAGUUUUUGGACCCACCAAAGAUAAGUCAUUGGACAGAGCUGCGUCAAUAAAAUCAAUGGAAGCCUUAACAAGUGAGAUUAAUCGUGACUUGGGAACAUCAAUGAGCGUGGAAGAGGUCGCAUUAGGAUUUAUAAAAGUUGCUAAUGAAGCAAUGAGUCGUCCUAUUAGAGCCAUUACUGAGGGUAAAGGUUAUUCAGCCUCAUCUCACGUAUUGACAUGUUUUGGUGGAGCUGGAGGACAACAUGCUUGCUCUAUUGCUCGCUCACUAGGAAUCAACAAAGUAUUCAUCCAUCGAUAUGCUGGUAUUUUGUCUGCCUACGGAAUGGCUUUGGCUGAUAUUGUCCACGAAGAACAAGAACCCUCCGCAUUUGUUUACUGUGAAUCCAAUUUUAAAGCCAUUGAUGAUCGUUUCAUGCAUUUAAUUCGUAAAUGUGAAGAAUUUCUUCUAGAACAAGGAUUUAAACGAACCCAAUUGCAGUAUGAAUUGUAUCUGAAUAUGAGGUAUGAAAAAACCGAUUUCCCUUUAAUGAUCCUAUCCUCUGCAUCUUCCAAUUGUCUUUCAACUAUUGCUGGCGAUGGAAAAUUUUGCAUGGUUGGAAAUUUCGGGGAUACAUUCAACUUACGAUACCAAAAGGAAUUCGGUUUCAAAAUGGAUCCAAAGAGAAAAGUAGUUAUCGAUGAUAUUCGUGUUCGUGGAAUAGGAAAGUCAACUGAUGAUGACAAUCUAACUAAAGAAGAAGCUAGUAAAGAUAAUUUCAACGAGGCGGAAGAAACUAUUCAAUGUUACUUUGAAGACGUUGGAUACAUGGCAACUAAAGUUUAUCGCCUUGAAAAAUUAGAACCAGGUCAAACUAUUGGUGGUCCAGCUAUCAUCAUUGAAAAAUCUUGUACUAUUUUGGUUGAACCUGAAUGUAUGGCUAGAAUCACGCGACAAGGAAAUAUUGUUAUAGAUUUACAGCAAAAAACUUCAGAUGAAUUAUCCAUGAAAAAUACAAGCUCAAUUGAUUCAAUUACUUUGUCCAUAUUUUCUCAUCGUUUUAUGUCGAUUGCUGAGCAAAUGGGUCGUAUCCUGCAACGAACAGCAACAUCGACUAAUAUAAAAGAGCGACUUGACUUUUCUUGUGCUCUUUUCGGACCUGACGGAGGUUUGGUAUCAAAUGCGCCUCACAUUCCUGUUCAUUUGGGCGCAAUGCAAGAAGCUGUUCGUUUCCAGUUAAACCAUAGAGAUGGAGAUUUAAAACCUGGCGAUGUAUUAUUAUCUAAUCAUCCUGGUGCUGGAGGCUCCCAUUUACCUGAUUUAACUGUUAUUACUCCUGUUUUUGCUGAAAAUCAAAAAUCAUCGAAUCCUGUGUUUUUCGUAGCAAACCGAGGUCACCACAGUGACAUUGGCGGAAUCACACCAGGCUCAAUGCCUCCUCAUUCUGUUAAACUGUCUGAAGAAGGAGCUGUAUUCAUGUCUUUCAAGAUUGUAGAAAAUGAAGUUUUCCAAGAAGAGAAAUUGGUUGAAGCUUUACAAGCUCCUGGUAAAGAACCAGGCAACUUUGGAUCACGAAAUUUAUUUGACAAUAUCAGUGAUUUAAAAGCUCAAAUUGCUGCAAAUCAAAGAGGAAUUUUAUUAGUCAAUGAAAUGAUUAGACAAUAUGGUUUAGAAGGUGUUCAAAAGUACAUGAAAUACAUUCAAGAAAAUGCUGCUCGUUGUGUUCGUGAUAUGCUUAUUUCUAUCUCCUCUAAACUCAAAACUUCUAACCUGGAAGCAUCAGAAUUUAUGGACGACGGUACACAGAUUAAAUUAAAAAUUGAAAUAGAUCCAAAAAUUGGAAAUGCUACUUUUGAUUUUACGGGAACCGGUAUCGAAGUUUAUGGCAAUUGCAAUUCUCCUAAAGCGGUUACAUUAUCAGCCAUAAUUUAUUGCCUUCGAUCUAUGAUUGGCUAUGAUAUUCCAUUGAAUCAAGGCUGUUUGGAACCAAUCAAAGUAAUAAUUCCUCAAGGGUCAAUUCUGUGGCCAAGUCUUGAAGCUGCAGUUGUUGGUGGCAAUGUUUUGACCUCUCAACGUGUUGUUGAUGUAAUCCUUAAAGCUUUUCAAGCCUGUGCUGCUUCACAAGGCUGUAUGAAUAAUAUUACAUUUGGAGAUGAAACUAUGGGUUAUUAUGAAACUGUUGCUGGUGGAGCAGGAGCUGGACCUCACUGGAACGGGCGAAGUGGUGUUCAUACUCAUAUGACCAACACUCGCAUCACUGACCCUGAAAUAAUGGAGAAACGUUAUCCAAUUGUUUUAAGAGAGUUUCAUCUGAAUCCCGGCUCUGGAGGAAAAGGAAGAUAUAAAGGUGGAGAUGGAAUCAUUAGAAAAAUUCUUUUCAGAAAACAAAUGAUUCUAUCUGUGUUAACUGAGAGGCGAGUUUUUGCGCCCUAUGGAUUACAUGGCGGAGAACCAGGCUCUCGAGGGUCCAAUGUCAUGCAUUUUUCAAGUGGACGACAAGUCAAUUUAGGAUCGAAGUCUUCAAUCAAAGUUGAACCAGGCGAUACAUUUUGCCUCACUACCCCUGGAGGAGGUGGAUAUGGUUCAUUAGAUUAAAUAACUUGAACAAAAUUAAGAAAUCCGUUUCUGAAUAUGUUUCUUGUGAUAGCUUUCUUAAAUGUCAAAUAGUUUCAAUCACUUAGAUAAGCCGAAAGUUUAUUUCAUAUUGAUAGAUUUUAUACUGUUUUGUACCCAAGAAUCUGAAUAAAUAUCAAUAUUUAUUCGGAGUAAAUAACAAUUUUUUCAUCUCAUAUUAUACAUACUGUAUAUGUACAUUGAAAAAAUGAAUAGACGAAAGAUGAAUAUUAACUGUACUCAUUGCUGUGGUAACCAACUUUUGUUAUGUUAUUAUUUCAUUCGUUCUCUUCGAAGUCAAUUGAUCGCAAUAAAAAUUAUCAAACAGUA